GGCCGCAUAUAUAUACGCAUGCAUAUCUCGCGAUCCAGCUCCAGGCGAGACUAGCUAGUGUCAAGGAGGAGGAGCAGCAGCAGAGUACGCACGUACAGCGCCACCCACACCACACCCAUGGCAAAGGACAAGGCGGCGUCCGGCGGGAACGGCGGCGGCGAUGGGGCGGCGGCGCCGGCUGGGGAGCAGCUGGUGAUAAGGGCGCCGGUGCACUGCGAUGGCUGCGGCAGGAAGCUGCGCCGCUCACUCCAGCGCCUCGAGGGUGUUGGAGAGGUGACCGUGGACAGCCGGGCCGACACGGUGGUCGUGAGGGGCCGCGGGGCGGUGGAGAACGCGGCGGAGGUCGUGCAGGUCGUCGAGAGGAAGACCGGGGAGAAGGCGGUGCUGGUCAGCCCGUCGCCGCCGGAGAAGCUGCUGCUGCCGGCGCGGUCGUCAGCGCCCAAGGCCAAGGGUGGAGAGACCAACACCAACAAAGACAUAGGGAACGAGCUACCGGAACUGGACAUGAAAAUGGUUACCGUUCUUAAGAUAAACCUGCACUGCGACGCCUGCAGCGAGGAGAUCAAAAGGCGGAUACUUAAGAUUACAGGCGUGGAGGAAGCCAUGCCGCACCUCAAGUCUUCACAGGUGGCGGUGAAGGGAAAGGUGGAGCCGGCAACACUGGUGGGCUUCAUCCACAAGUGCACGGGGAGGAGAGCCGCCAUCAUCAGGGCGGAGCCACUGGAUGAUGUUCUCCUGCCGCAACCACCAAACCCGCCGGCGGCGCCACCGGCGUCUAAAGCCGAGAGCAAGAAAGAUGAGCCACCUGCUGAGAAUCCGCCGGCCAAGGUGGAGGAGCCAAACGAGGAGAACAGAGGAGGGGGAGAGAAGGACAACGCGGAUGACGACAACCCCAAGACGGAGAAGCCGGCUAGCGACGGCCACGGCGCCGGCGCCGCCGAGGAGCAUGGAGCCCAUGCAACAACCGAAGGUCCAGACCGUGACAACGACGACGACGCCGGCGAUGGGCUCGUGCUGGAGAACCAUACCAAGGCGGCGGUGGACCGCCUGUUCGCCGUUCCGACGCCGGCCGGAGUCGUGACGGUCGUUGCGCCUGAGAUGGCCCUCGGCAGCCGCAGCUACUGCUACCCGGCGUAUCCUUGCGCGCAGUACUACUACCCCUACCAGCCGCACCUGUACCCGCCGCAGCCGUACCCGGCGGCGUCUGCUUAUAGCCCUGUUGCCAUGUAUGGCUAUCCAGCAAGCUAUCCACCCGAAGCUUUCAGUGAGGAGAACCCAAAUGCAUGCACCAUCGUGUGACAUACUAGUAUAUAUGUAGUAUAAAAGAAGCCAGUA